AUGGCUUCUCAUCCCGGAAAUCUUAAUGCCAAUAUGCGGUGCUUGUUUUUGGACCUUUUCAUCGUCAUUAUCGUCGGCUUCGCUCCAAACCCUAUUUUGGCUAAGAAAACAAAAGUUGAUGGAAUGAAAUUGAACGUGAUUGACAGUUGCUGGAGAUGGAACUCGAAUUGGAGAAGUGACCGGCAGGAACUUGCGUCAUGUUCAGUGGGAUUUGCUGGGAAAAUGAGCAACAACGCAGGAAGUGAUGUCAAAUACUAUCAAGUCACGGACCCUAGUGAUAAUGCGUUGGACCCCACACCAGGAACUUUGAGAUAUGGGGUUACCAUGACCAGAGGGAAAAAGUGGAUCACCUUUCGGAGGGACAUGCGGAUUCAGCUCCAGAAACCUCUUCUCAUUAGUAGUUUUACUGCCAUUGAUGGAAGAGGUGCUACUGUUCACAUUGCCGGCAAUGCGUGUUUGGUAGUCUUUAAGGCAAGCGAUGUAAUCAUCCAUGGACUACGAAUCCACCAUUGUCGAUCCCAACCAGCAAGCUCAGUUAUGGGUCCAGAUGGAAAGAUAAGGCAACUAGGGCAGGUCGACGGAGAUGCUAUCAGGUUGGUAACUGCAUCAAAGGUUUGGAUAGACCACAAUACACUCUACGAGUGCCAGGACGGCCUUCUCGAUGUUACUCGAGGAUCUAGCCUUAUCACCAUCUCCAACAAUUGGUUCAGAGACCAGGACAAGGUUAUGCUUCUCGGCCACGAUGAUGGCUACGUUCGGGACAGGAACAUGAGGAUCACAGUAGUCUAUAACCAUUUUGGACCCAACUGCAACCAAAGAAUGCCAAGGAUUCGCCAUGGAUAUGCACAUGUCGUGAACAACCUCUACAGAAAAUGGUCACAGUACGCCAUCGGGGGAAGUAUGAAUCCUAGCGUUAAGAGUGAAGCCAACCUCUUUAUUGCACCAAAAUCGUUAAACAAUAAAGAGAUCACUUGGAGGAAAGACAGCAUUGAGAACAAGAACUCGUGGAUAUUUUACUCUGUAGGAGAUAUCUUCGAAAAUGGGGCUUCUUUCGUCCAAUCAGGCACAGGUGGAGCAAAGCCUCACUAUAACAGGGAACAAACUUUCGGAGUUGUUGACGCCAAAUCCGUCCGGUCAUUGACAAGGUCAUCAGGCGCUUUAACAUGCAUCAAAUCCAGAUGCUAA